GACGAUAUUUUUCGGAGCCAAAACUCGAUUUUUAUCAGUCUUCUGCGGGAACGGUUCAUUUCGCGCUCUAAACAAAUUAUCGGCGAAAAAAUCGUGUCUGUUCUCGUUUUUGGUACCGUUUUCUCUUCUCCCGAAGAGAUCAGUCGCACUCGCACACACAAUCACGUACUCGCUCGCGCUCCUUCGCACUCAUCUACAUUCGACUCUACUAUGAUGGCAGCAAAUUUGGAUACUUUUGUAACCAGCAGCAGUAAUAACAAGGAUUUUACCAGCGAGAUGUCUGAAAAAAAGGCUCCGAUGAAGGACGAGUCGUUCAAGAAGUUACGUGAGACAUUUGUCAUCAAAAGUAAAAUUGGUGCUGGCACGUUCAGUAAGGUGUAUUUAGCCUACGCAAGGGGUGAUGCUGAGAAGAAGCGGUAUGCCAUCAAGCACAUCAAGCAAACAACACACCCGGAAAAGUUACGUCGCGAAAUCUUUUGUCUACUGAAGAUUGGGGGACAAGAUAAUGUAAUGGGAUUAGUAACCUCAUUACGAAUGGGUAGUUCUGUUUGCUUGGUUAUGCCUUAUUUCAAGCAUGAUCAUCCAUUGACUUAUUUAUGUACAAUGGAUGCUAAUGAAAUGCGAUUUUACAUUAAAAACUUGUUGAUUGCAUUAAAAAGGAUACAUUCUUUCAAUAUUGUUCAUAGAGAUGUGAAACCUAGCAAUUUUUUGUAUAACCGUUCAACUUCAACUUUUAUGCUCACUGAUUUUGGACUAGCUCAUACUAACAUUAACCCUACUAGACGUAAGGAAAUAAAAAGUCUGCCUGAUAAUAAGCCUGAUACGUCCUCUCACAAACAAAUAAGUUCAAGCUGUGAUCUAAAUGUUAACCAUAAACGAUCAAGUUCUGUUGGAAACAUACGAUUAAGUUCAUAUCAGAAACGUAUUCUUCAAAACAUAGCUGACGACACCAACUCUAUACCUCAUGGAUGUAAUUUAAAGAAAAGAACUAAAUUAAUGAUGCCUAAAGAACCAUUACUAAAGGAGAAUUCACCCAUUAAAAAACAAUUAGAUGUUCCUAUGAAUAAUAAUCCUAGUAAUUCAAGUGCCAUGAGUAGCUUAUUCCACGAGAAAAAUAGUUUUACUGUUCCUAAAGUGCAACGCCUUACAUGUGAUUGUGUAGGGAAAUUAAAAGUUUGUAAUAUUUGUAUAAAAAGACCAGAAAUGAAAGCUCCCCGAGCAGGAACACCCGGGUUUCGAGCUCCAGAAGUCCUUUUAAAAUAUAAAUAUCAAAAUACUGCUCUUGAUAUCUGGUCAGUCGGAGUUAUAAUGUUGGCUGCUAUGAGCCGUUGUUAUCCUUUUUUUAGUGCAGAGAAUGAUUCUACAUGUUUGGCUGAAAUGAUAACUGUUUUUGGAGAUAGGGCUAUUAAAAAUUUAGCCAAAAUGUUAGGUCGCAAUGUUGUUUGUGAAGUUCAAAAACCUCCUCUUGAUCUUCGAGCAAUUUGUCGUCUUUUAUGUCAUCGAUCAAGUGUACAAACUUUAAAUCCAACUGCUGUUUCUUCGAGUAAUGGUUUGGAAACGUGUAGUUUUUGUACAAAACCAAUACAACUAUCUGGCUGUGAAGUUUUUUCGGAUAGUUGUAGUUGUUACUUAAAUGUUGCUGACAAUUUUCCUUAUCCUGCGUAUGAUCUCUUAAAAAAAUUGUUAUGUUUGAAUCCAGUUACACGAAUAACGGCAGAUAUUGCAUUGAAACAUCCAUUCUUUAAAAUGAAUGAAAAGAAAAUUUAAAAUCUUAAAAAGUUUAUGAUUUUAAUUAACUGUUAUUUAUUUAUUAAAUUUAAAUUUUUAAUUGCACCUUUUGCAAAAU